AUGAAACAAGAAAGAAGAAGAAAGAAAUGGAAAGAAAAAAAAAACCCUCUGAAAGAAAAGGGAAACAAGAAAAAAGAUGGAAAGUGGAAAAAAAAAAGACGAAAAGAAGAAAAAGAAGGAUGCAGAAAAGAAGAAAAAGAAGAAUGUGGAAAAGAAGAAAAAGAAGAAUACAGAAAAAAAGAAAAAAAAAUAAAACAAGAAACAAAAAAAACAGAGGAAAAAAAAAGAAAAAAAAAGAAGCGAGAAAGAAGAAAAGAAAUAGAAAGAAGAAAAAAGAAUAAAGUGAGAAACAAAAAAAGCAAGAAACGAAGAAAAAGAAAGGAAGCAAAAAAGAAAAGAAAUAAAACAGUGAAAGAAGAAAAAGGCGGAAAGAAAAAGGCGGAAAAAAAAGCAGAGGAAAGGAAAAUAAAAAGUAAAAAAAAAAAUAAAAAAAAUAAAAGCGAAGAUAAUAAAGAAAAUAAAAAAAAAGCAAAAAAUACAUACCUAAGCCUAAAAUUAAAAUGA